CUGCAGGGUAGAAGCGUAUCGCGUCGCCGGCGAACCCGCUCCCGACGCAGCGCCGUGCCGUUCUGCCAUCCGUAUUGCCUCUGACGACUGACAACCUCUUGAGGAUUCGUGUGAUGAGCGUUGUGAUCCUGAGUCCUGAGCGCUGAGCUGGAUCUGAAGUGGGGUUUUCCGAAGUUGAGAGCCCCGUCUCGGGGGAUGGGGAGACUGGCCGUCGCCGCCGCGGUGGCCGCGUGGGCGGUCCCCGUAGCCGCUUUGGUCAACUCCGUCGUUCCUGAUCCCUACAUGGAUGAGAUCUUCCAUGUUCCCCAGGCGCAGCGCUAUUGCCGCGGAGAAUUCUUAGUGUGGGAUCCCAUGAUCACCACCCCUCCUGGCCUGUACUACAUUUCCCUGGCAUAUCUUGCUUCUUUGUUCCCGGGUGCAUGGGCUAUUAAGGUAGCAGAGGCAUUUGACCCACUUUGCACCACAGCACUUCUCCGGUCAACUAAUGUUAUAAUGGCAAUGGUCUGCGGUGUUCUUGUCCAUGACCUGCUUCUGUGUAUCAAGCCAGGGAUCGGCAAGACGAAGGCAACUGCCUAUGCUAGCCUUGUAGCGUUGUAUCCUGUUCACUGGUUCUUUACCUUUCUCUAUUAUACUGAUGUUGCAUCAUUGGCCGCAGUUCUUGCGAUGUACCUGUUCUGCUUGAAGAAACGGUUUUGGGUUAGUUCAAUGUUUGGUGCCAUCUCAAUACUUUUCCGGCAGACUAAUAUAAUAUGGAUGUUAUUUUUUGCUGCCAAUGGUGCCAUUACAUAUGUGCAAGAUCUUCCCGUUAGUGACUAUGUGUCUCACAAGAACAGUAGAUUAACUGAUAAUUCAAGCACAGAAGUGUUAGACAGGGAUAACACAGCCAGUGCUCCAGGUUUGAGAAGACGGCGAACUAAUAGUUCCAUAAGUCCGAGGAGAGUUGUUUCUGGAUCUACUAAUUUGCAUAUCAGUUUUAUCGAGGAAGUAUUGGAUAUCAGCUUCAAGUUAUGGAAUUCGAAGUCUAAAGUUUUAUUGAAUUUUACACCAUUUGCAAUAGUUCUGGUGGUAUUUGUAGCAUUUAUAUUCUGGAACGGUGGCAUAGUACUAGGUGCUAAGGAAGCUCAUGUUGUUUCACCACAUUUUGCGCAGUUUUUGUACUUCGGUCUAGUGUCAGCUGCUGCCCUCCUACCCUUGCAUUUUACUCCCAGACGAGUGUCAGAGUUAUUCCGUUGGUGUGCUAAGAACAAAACGUCUAGUUCUCUGGCAAUGCUGGUGGCUCUUGGUUUAAGCUUCGUGGCCGUACAUUUCUUCAGUAUUGCCCAUCCGUAUCUUCUUGCUGACAAUAGACACUACACCUUCUAUAUCUGGAGGAAGGUCAUCCAAGCUCACUGGAUGAUGAAAUACAUUUUGAUCCCAAUUUAUGUGUACUCAUGGUUUUCAGUUAUCAACAUCUUAGGAAAAUCACAGACAAGGGUUUGGGUGUUGUCCUUUGUUUUCGCAGUUGCCCUAGUUCUUGUGCCUGCUCCGUUGGUUGAAUUUCGGUACUACACAAUCCCGUUGGUCAUAGUGGUUCUCAAUUCCCCAGUAAUUGGUAAUUGCAGAUUGCUUGCUUUGGGGUCUGCCUAUACUGCUGCUGAUUUGUGUACUUUGGUGAUGUUUCUGUUCAAACCAUUCCACUGGGAGCAUGAGAUGGGAACACAAAGGUUUAUUUGGUAGGUUAGAUUGAGGAGCUUGACAAGAGGUAAGCUCCAGUGUUCAGUAGCUGCCACAAACACAAAGGUUAAGCAUGGCCGCCCCAGCUUAUUGAUAAGUGAUAACAGAACCGAAGAAACCAGAACCUGAGCUCCAUGUGAUAUUUUUUGGCCAGUUUCUAUUUUUUGGUCAGUUUCUCUGUAAACUAGAGGGUUCUUACAAGUCUUUAGGCAAGUAGAAGAUGCCUACUCAGAUGUAACCUUGUUAUAUUUGAACCAUUCUUUGAAGAAAUGAAGAGUUGAUGUCGCAGAUUUA